AUGCCAUCUGUGGCCUCGGAACCUGCUCUAGCUGUUGUCUCGAACAGCGUCAACUCCGCCUCGCACUCGCCCUCAAUUGAUGGCCCUCCCCGAAAGUCGCACGACAAAACAAUCAGCGGUGUCUUUACCUAUACCAACGGAACAGACGUUGAGACGCGGCUGCCCGACCACAGGCUGGAUCAGCUCAAGAACAUCAGGAGCAACACCAGCCAUGGCUCCCUGACUAAUGGCAACGUCAAGGCGCCGCCGAGGGAUCGAUCACAUUCGAAAGCCAGCGCCCAUUCCGUAGGGAGCAGCGGCGCUGCGGGGAAAUAUACAGACAAUCUGUCGAGGAGUCCGGGAUCGUCGGAGGGAGUGUUAUCGAAGUUGUCCACUGUCGAAAAUGCUACGGACCAGAGUGUAGAAUCGAGCAAUGGCGUCCUCGGACACUCGUCUCCUGGAACAGCGACUCCAGAUCUGGCCAAAUUGAGGACGAGUAUUCCCCCUGCAAAGCCCGACUACGAUCCCUACCACAUGGUUACUGCUUCCACUGUCCCAGACUCGGCACGCCUCGAUGGAGCUGCAAGCCCGGGCCCGCGAGCAGGGCCUGGCCCGUCCUUUUCACGAUUCUCUUCUCCGCCUGCCAUGUCUCCAGGUGCUUCCAUACAAGACCGACAUCCCGACCUCUCGCCGCACCCCGAAGCCCCUAAACUCGUCCAUCGUCAUACCUUACAAGUUCCGAAAACAGGCGGUCUCGGUGCGGCAGUGCGUAACUCCCGCGAUUUUUCGUUUAGUGGAGGACCGUCAGAAGAAGCACUUUCUACAACCACUGGCCGGUUUUCUCCGACCCGGGAAAACUUCGAGGGAUCGGCCGUGAGGCAUAGGAGGGCAUCACUCGGCCUUGUUCGUAGGACAACUCGGUCGAUGCAAUCCGAAGCCCACGUGGAUGAAGUCCCUCCUGACGAAGACGCCGCCCGUUGGACCGAGCUGAUAAAGCAGAAAAGAGCGAGCAGACGGAAGAGGAAAGAGGACGAGGAUGACGACCGCGUCAUUGUGGGAAAGAAAGUCGAGGAAGGUCAUGUCAACUGGGUCACUGCCUACAACAUGUUGACUGGGAUUCGAUUUACUGUGUCGAGAACGAAUGCGAAAAUGGACCGAGACCUGACAGAUGCCGACUUCGACGCAAGACAUAAGUUCAGUUUCGAUAUUACCGGAAAUGAAUUGACUCCGAGCGCCAAAUACGACUUCAAGUUUAAGGACUACAGUCCUUGGGUGUUUCGGCAUCUGCGGGCCAUCUUUGGACUGGACCCCGCCGACUACCUUGUCAGUCUUACCAGCAAGUACAUCCUGUCGGAGCUGGGCAGCCCCGGAAAGUCGGGCUCCUUCUUUUACUUUUCACGCGACUACAAGUAUAUCAUCAAAACCAUCCAUCAUGCCGAGCAUAAGCUGCUCAGGAAGAUAUUAAGGGACUAUUAUCGUCAUGUGGUGGACAACCCAAACACGUUGAUCAGUCAAUUCUAUGGUCUACACCGGGUGAAGAUACCAUAUGGUCGGAAAAUCCACUUUGUUGUCAUGAACAACCUCUUCCCACCGCAUCGAGACAUCCACCAGAUGUUCGACCUGAAGGGUUCCACCAUUGGCAGGGAUUUCAAGGAAGAGGACUUGGCCAACAAUCCGAGAGCGACCUUGAAGGAUCUGAAUUGGUUACGGAGGGGAUACCAUCUGGAGUUCGAUGCCCGAGUGCGCCAGAUCUUCCUCGAUCAGAUGAAGAGAGAUGUCGCGCUUCUGCAAAGGCUUCACAUUAUGGACUACUCUCUGUUGGUCGGUAUGCACGACCUGGAAAAGGGUAAUGAGGAGAACCUACGUGAAACCACUCUGCGGGUGUUUCAGCCUGGCGGCGAAAGUCACGAGGACGAUUACUCGGCACCUCUGAUUCGGACGCCCUCCCGACUCGAGACGGCGAGAAAGGCCCGAGAGCUGAGGUUGACGCUCAAAAAGGAGAAGCCGGUCCCUAUGGGCCUAGUGAAUGCUAAGAUGCCUACGGAGAUGGCUUCUGAUGAUGGGAGGCGUGACCGAAUCUUCUACAGCUUUGAUGGUGGGAUCCGUGCUACGCAUGAGGAUGGUCGGGGUGGUGAAUCGAUAUACUACCUUGGCAUCAUUGACUGUUUGACCCACUACGGUAUGGUCAAAAGAAUUGAGCAUUACUGGAAGGGCAUGUCAGCGCCGCGUACACAGAUAUCAGCCAUCCCCCCGCAAGCAUACGGAGAAAGAUUCAUCAACUUCAUCACCGGAAUUACUAUGACACAAGAAGAAGCCCAAAGACGAGCGACACAGGAGAGUCGUCGAACUGGGGAACAGUUAGCGGUACAGUCCCCAUCCGCCGAGAACCUUGGUAGGCCAUCAGACGCCACUUCCCCUAUAGGCCAGUCCCCUGCCGUGGAAAAGACGAUGAUCAAAGCACAAAAACAAAUGGACAAGGCGACGUCCUCCGAGAAGGGUCGGGGUCAGAGCGAAGAGGAGAAACUUGAUCGAACAUUGAAGACGGCGGAGGACUCUCGAACGGCCAUGACUUUACCCGUUGUGAGCGAGUCCAAUGAGAGCCAAGAGUCCAGCAGGAACCAGAAGCGGGCGCUGAGUCCACCAGACGAGACUGAGGAGGAACGACAGGAAAGGACUCCAUCGCAGUCGCCCUCGGCACCGACUGCAGGUCUUCGCAAGGUCUCACCUUCCACAGUGGCGACGGGUACAGAUAUGGUGGGGGACGAUACGAGCGUAUCAAGUCCUCAGACCCAGACCGUGGACUUUGAGCCGGAGUCUCGGAGCGACGAUGACGAUGGUUAUUCGAGGCGAAAAGACUUCGACGAGUUGAGCAAGAAGCCGCCACGCAUAGCGAGCGAUCUGAUCCAGCCUCAUUCCCCGCUUGAGGACAGUAUGUUCAAAUCGUUGGAUCAUCAGCUGAGGGAGCCUGCGCAUGGUUCAUGA